GCGGUGACACGGCGGUGCCGGCGGGGCGGCGCCAGGCCCGGCGGGCGCGGAGCGGAGCCCGCGGCUCCCGGUCCCCGCCGCUGCUGCUCCUUUAACGGCGGCCCCUCCGCCUCCCCCGCGGUACCGGCGGCGCUCGGCGAUGGCGGAGUCCGGCGGGGCCGAGUUCGGCGCGGAGCGGCCCAGCAGCAUGGCUGACAAGAACAGCACCCUGAAAUGCACGUUCUCUGCUCCUGGCCACAGCACCACGCUGCUGCAGGGACUGGCCUCGCUCCGAGCCCAGGCUCAGCUGCUUGAUGUCAUCCUCACUAUAAAUAAUGAAGUGUUUCAGGUUCAUAAAGUUGUCUUGGCUGCCUGCAGUGACUAUUUCAGGGCGCAGCUCCCGAUCCCUGCUGGUGCAGCUCCCGUGGGAUCCGUUCUUGUCGGAGAUCACGGGUUCAUUGGUGUCCAGAAUUGUUCACUGCCUGCUCUGGCAGCUCUGCCUCCUCCUGGAGCUCGGUCCUGUGGUCUGCUCUUAAUUCCUGCUGCCAGUGGGAUUGAAAACCUUCUCCAGUUGCUGAGUAUUGCUGCUCAGCGCGCUGUUUAUGCAAGCCUUAUGGCGAUGUUCACGGGAGGGAUGAGAGAAGCCAGCCAGGACGUGAUCGAGCUCAAAGGCGUUUCUGCCAAGGGCCUGAAGCACAUCAUCGACUUCGCCUACAGCGCCGAGGUGACGCUGGACCUCGACUGCAUCCAGGACGUGCUGGGAGCCGCCGUCUUCCUGCAGAUGGUGCCGGUGGUGGAGCUGUGCGAGGAGUUCCUGAAGUCGGCCAUGAGCGUGGAGACGUGCCUCAACAUCGGCCAGAUGGCCACCACCUUCAGCCUGGCCUCCCUCAAGGAAUCCGUGGACGCCUUCACCUUCAGGCACUUCCUGCAGAUCUCCGAGGAGGAGGAUUUCCUCCACCUGCCCCUGGAGCGCCUGGUGUUCUUCCUGCGGAGCAACAAGCUCAAGAGCUGCAGCGAGAUCGAGCUGUUCCGCGCCGCCGUGCGCUGGCUGCAGUUCGACCCCGCGCGCCGCGCCAGCGCCAGCCGCGUGCUCUGCCACAUCCGCUUCCCUCUGAUGAAAUCCUCGGAGCUGGUGGACAGCGUGCAGACCCUGGACAUCAUGGUGGAGGACGUGCUGUGCCGCCAGUACCUGCUGGAGGCCUUCAACUACCAGAUCCUGCCCUUCCGGCAGCACGAGAUGCAGUCUCCGCGCACGGCCAUCCGCUCCGACGUGCUGUCCCUCGUCACCUUCGGCGGCACCCCCUACACCGACAACGACCGCACCGUCAGCUCCAAGGUCUUCUGCCUGCCCGACGCCGGCGGCCGCCAGUUCCGCGAGCUGAGCGAGAUGGAGGUGGGCAGCAGCCACUCCUGCGUGGCCGUGCUGGACAACUUCGUCUACCUGGUGGGAGGGCAGCAGCUGCAGUACCGCAGCGGGGAGGGCGCCGUGGACGUCUCCUACCGCUACGACCCCCACCUGAACCGGUGGCUGCGCAUCCAGGCCAUGCAGGAGAGCAGGAUCCAGUUCCAGCUCAACGUCCUGCGCGGCAUGGUUUACGCCACGGGCGGCCGCAACCGCUCGGGCAGCCUGGCCUCGGUGGAGAAAUACUGCCCCAAGGACAACGAGUGGAGCUACGUGUGCUCCCUGAAGCGCAGGACGUGGGGCCACGCCGGGGCCACGGUGGGGGACAGGCUCUACAUCUCGGGGGGUUACGGCAUCUCCGUGGAGGACAAGAAAGCGCUGCACUGUUACGACCCCGCCGCCGAUCAGUGGGAGUUUAAGACCCCCAUGAACGAGCCCAGGGUGCUGCACGCCAUGGUCAGCGCCAACGGCAGGAUUUACGCCCUGGGAGGCCGCAUGGACCACGUGGAUCGGUGUUUCGACGUCCUGGCCGUGGAAUAUUACGUCCCCGAGACGGACCAGUGGACCACGGUGAGCCCGAUGCGCGCGGGGCAGUCGGAGGCCGGCUGCUGCCUCCUGGAAAAAAAGAUUUACAUCGUUGGGGGCUACAACUGGCACCUGAACAACGUCACCAGCAUCGUGCAGGUCUACAACACCGAGACGGACGAGUGGGAGAGGGAUUUGCACUUCCCAGAGUCUUUUGCUGGCAUCGCCUGUGCCCCCGUUAUCCUCCCGCAGGUGACGAGCCAGAGGUGACCCUGGGGGGCUGGUGGGACACAAAACAGCUCCAGAAAGUUCCUCCUGCUGCUGGGGAGUCCUGCUGAGGUGAUUCCACCAGCAGCACUUGUCAGACUGAACGGAUUUUCCAGCUGGGAAAAGCUUUUCUUUCCUCUCUCUGGGUUUUUGGUUGUUGUUUUUUUUUUUCUGGGGGUGAGUUUUGCCGAUUUCUCGUGUUUUUAACGGCCUCAUGCACUGCAAAUGUUGGCAGCUCAGGAGUCACUCAGCACUGGGGUCUUGUUUCCAAGAGAUCAGGUGGGGGUUUUUUUAUCAAUAGCUCCAAAAAUAAAAAUCCUUGUGGGUCGCUUUGUUGGAUUUUUAGCAAACAAACAAAGAAAAAAAAAAAAAAAGCCAAAAAAAAAAACCCAAACCAAAAGCUGUGUAACACACUGACCUCCAGAAGCAAUAAAAGGACAGUGGGAGCCACAAGAGCUCAGGUGCUUGGGUUGGGAAUGCAGAUCCCUGUUUUUCAAAGGUGACUUUUCCUUUUCUUCCCUUCCUGAAAAAGGGAAUAUUUAUCCCUGCACACCUCUGGUCUUCACUGCUUGGAUCAUGCUGUAAUUCCUCGUCCCCUCCAGCUCCUCUAGUGCAGAAAUUCUCCCUUAAUUGGGGUUUGCAGCACUAAAGCCAUGGUGAAAGCUUGAUUAUAUAUAAACAGGCGUGAUUAUUUGGGUUUAGAAGUGCCAAAAAUUCGGCUGCCCUGGCAAUAAGAGCUCUGCAGUCAGCGAAGCCAAGAGCUCCUGCAGAUCCUGGGUCAGGAUUUUCACCUUUCCCAGCACCUUCAUCCCAACUCUUCCUCCGGUAAAGGAGGUGGGUGCUACUCCUUCAGCAGCUGGAAGAUUUUCUUCCCUGCCUUGUGAAUGAGCUCCUUGGCAUCCCAAAAUGAUGGGAGCCCCACUGGAAUGUGGUUGUUUUUUUUUGUUGUUGUUGUUGUGGUGGUAUUUUAAAUGAAGAGAUCUCUUUAAGAUGGCUCUGUCGUUUUUGUAAAACCUUCACUUGCACAGAACACUUCCUGAACUUUCUCCUCCAAGCCAUUUUCCUUAUUUAAUCUGAGGAAUGAAUUGCAAAAAAUCUCUGCUUUUAUCAGGAAUUCCGUUUCCAAGGGCUUUGUUUUGUAUCUGUGUCAGCUUGAUUUGGAUGCACACGGCCUCCUUUUGUAGAGGAGCUGUUGCAUCCCGCUGCAAAAUAAAUCCUGGGCUGCAACCUUUAGUGACAA